AGAGGGAAACAGCUGUACAAGUGAAAGGAAAGCAAAGCGUGAUCCAGAAGCAGCAGGUAUUGUAGCUGUCCGCAGCUUCUGCUCCUCCCACGCACACCAAAACAACGAUACUCCUCAGUGCGCAGUUGAGCAGAGCACACUACUUUUAAUUAUACGUUCUUCUUUUAAAAUCCUAUCACCAUGGCCGGCGGAUACCAGCGGGUGAGAGGCCAGGUCAUCUGCGGCUUCCAGCGCAUGGAAAACUGUAUUGCGCAGGAGGCGGAGAUGCAGAAACCGAGCAGCACACGUGCGCUGUGGUGUGCCGUCGUCUUCUCGACGGUCAUGAUGCUUGUCGAGGCGGUCGGCGGCGUGAUGUCCGGCAGUCUCGCGGUGCUCUGCGACGCGGUGCACAUGCUGGCCGACGUCUUCACGAUUCUCAUCUCGCUCUUCGCGGCGUACGCGUCGACCUGGGAGGCGAGUGACCGCUACAGCUUUGCAUGGCGCCGCGCGGAGGUGAUCGGCGCACUAGCUUCAGUCUUCACGACAUGGGCCCUCGUCGUGUGGAUCACCAUCAGCGCUUUUCAACGUAUGCCACAGGUGCUGCUGUGCGCCAGGUACGAGGAGAGAAUCGGCUGCGAGGUGCUGGAGACGCCGCUGAUGCUGGGUCUUGGCUGCUUUGGCUUUGCAAUGAACGUGCUGCUGACGAGCAUUCUUUUCUGCGGCGGGGUACACGCCCACUCCCAUGGUAGUUUAUUCGCUCACGAGCACGACCACAGCCAUGGCGGGCACGAACACGAGCACGAGCACGAGCACAGUCACACCCACGCUCACAGCCACGACGAGCACGGUCACAGCCACGCCAUGGCGGAAGUAGGAGGCGAGCACAUUCACGUCUCAGACGAUCCGCAUGAUGCACAGGCCACGACGCGCGGCUCAUUGAGUGUGCGGGCCAGCCGUCAAUCGAACGCUGAGGCGCCACCGCAGGGGGCGAUGAACCAACGUGCCGCCCUUCUCCACGUCUUCGGUGACUGCCUGCAGGCCCUCGGUGUCGUUGUCGCAGCUGAACUGACGUGGGCUGGCAACGAGUGGAAGCACAACACCUCUAGCACCGCCCACAGCUACUUCAACCUCGCCGACCCGCUGCUGUCUCUCGUGUUUGGCAUCGUCACGAUUAGCACGACGAGGCACCUGGUGAAGGAGACGUGGCAGAUUUUAAUGGAGCGGGUGCCGCCGAUGCUGUCGUACGCCGACUUCGUGGACGAGAUCCUGCUCGAGGACGCUGUGGACGAGGUUUUGGAUUUUCACAUUUGGAUGGUAGGGCCGAGCUUGUCGAUGCUGUGUGCAACGCUGAGCACCGCAGAGGAGCUGCCCCCGGUGGAGGCGCAGCGCCUGCUGGAGCGGCUGACCGAUCGCUGCAUGGAGAUGGGAGUGCAGCACUGUACGUUUCAGGUAGAGUACAGCCAACACGCUCGUACCGAGGAUGCACCGUUGGUGCACGACGGCAGCGGCAGCUAG